CUCAUCAUUUUAUUUGUUAUAGAAUAUAGAUUGCCUUCUCGAAUACCAUAUACUAUCAUUGCAAACUUUAGAAACUAAAAACAUGUCUCUAAAGGGUGAGCUGGAGACUGUCAUAGAAACUAAAAACAUGCCUCUAAAGGGUGAGCUGGAGACUGUCAUAGAACUCAAAUCAUCUCCUGAGAAGUUCUUCGGUGUCUGGAAGACCCAAGCCUAUCAUAUCCCCAACCACACUCCUGACAAUAUCCAUGCAGUUGAUAUGCAUGAAGGUGAAUGGGAAACUGAGGGUUCUAUCAAGAUCUGGAGGUACAGUGUAGAUGGAAAACAGGAGGUCUUUAAAGAGAAGGUGGUAGUGGAUGAAGAAAAGAACACACUGGCUCUCACUGGCCUGGAAGGAGAUGUCAUGACUAGAUACAAAAUAUUCAAUCCCACCUAUCAUCUUACACCAAAAGAUGAUGGAAGCUUGGCCAGGCUGAUCAUUGAAUAUGAGAAACUGAACGAGAAUAUCCCAGUGCCAGACAAGUACAUGGAUUUCAUGAUAACUGUUACCAAAGAUAUCGAUGCAAGUCUUACGAAGGCAUAAUAAUGGAAAGAAGAGACAAUCUUUCCUAUUGCUGGAAGUUCUCCUUGAAAGACUUAUCUCCUGUUUAUAAAUUCGUGUAGCCCAAAAAAAAAAUGUGUGACCAAUAAUGUGCGCUAGCUGAGAAGAGCGACAAGCCCAGUGUGCUGGUUUAAUCUGUGUGUCAUGUACGUACUCUGUAAGUUUUAUUUGUGAUGCUGUUGUGAGAUGAACAAAACUAUUAAAUAAAGUAUGAUCUGUAGAGUAUUAA